GGCUUUUCUCUCAGUCUCUGCGGGAUCCGAGGUCGAGAGGAGCCGCAGCUUUCUGCUUCUCACCGUCCGGAGCUUUUCAGGGCUCAGAGGUUUUGAUCGAACUGAAGUUUAGUUGCUUUCCAGGAGUUUGUUCUUUUGAUCCAGAGGUUUGUUCUUUGAGGGACCAGACCCGAGACCCGAGACCAGAUCCAAGAGACCCGAGACCAGAUCCAAAAGACCCGAGACCAGAUCCAAGAGACCCGAGACCCGAGACCAGAUCCAAGAGACCCGAGACCAGAUCCAAGAGACCCGAGACCCGAGACCAGAUCCAAAAGACCCGAGACCCGAGACCAGAUCCAAAAGACCCGAGACGAGACCCAAGAGACCCGAGACCAGAUCCAAGAGACCCGAGACCAGAUCCAAAAGACCCGAGACCAGAUCCAAGAGACCCGAGACCAGAUCCAAAAGACCCGAGACCAGAUCCAAGAGACCCGAGACCUGCAACAUGCUGCAGCUUCGACUUGCUCUGCUUUUCGCUCUGCAGGUUUGGACCUGUGCUCAAGAGGGCGUGGCCUCUGUGGACGGGGCCCUGGAUGACGUCAUCCUCCCAGAGCUCAGUGACGUCUGCACCGAGGGCAGCUGUUACCCUGCGACAGGAGACCUUCUGAUUGGCCGAGCUCACCAACUGUUGUCCACCUCCACCUGUGGUCUGAACCGACCGGAGCCAUUCUGCAUCGUCAGCCACCUGCAGGAAGAGAAGAAGUGUUUUGCGUGUGACUCGGCGGCGCUCUACGAUGAGCUGACCAAUCACAUGAGGGGCCAUCGCAUCGAGAACGUCGUGACCACGUUCGCUCCGAACAGACUGAAGACGUGGUGGCAGUCUGAGAAUGGUCUGGAGAACGUCACCAUCCAGCUGAACCUGGAGGCGGAGUUUCACUUCACUCACCUCAUCAUGACCUUCAAGACAUUUCGUCCUGCUGCCAUGGUGAUCGAGCGGUCAGCUAACUUCGGGAAGACGUGGCAGGUUUAUCGUUACUUCGCCUACGACUGCGAGUCGUCCUUCCCCCACGUUUCCCAGGGUCCAAUGCAGAAGGUCGAUGAUGUCAUCUGUGACUCCCGUUACUCCGACAUUGAGCCGUCUACUGAAGGAGAAGUGAUUUUCAGAGUUCUGGACCCUGCGUUCAGGAUCGACGACCCGUACAGCCCCAGAAUCCAGAAUAUGUUAAAGAUCACAAACCUGCGGGUGAAGUUCACCAGACUUCACACGCUCGGAGACAAUCUGUUGGACUCUCGUAUGGAGAUCAAAGAGAAGUAUUACUACGCCAUCUAUGACAUGGUGGUCCGAGGAAACUGCUUCUGUUACGGACACGCCUCUGAGUGCGCCGCGGUCCGGGGUGCUGGGCGAGCCCAGGAAGGAAUGGUUCAUGGUCACUGCAUGUGUAACCACAACACUAAAGGUCUGAACUGUGAACGGUGUCAGGAGUUCUACCACGACCUUCCCUGGAGACCGGCUGAAGGACGCAACACCAACGCCUGCAAGAAGUGUAACUGUAACCAGCACUCGGACUCGUGUCACUUCGACAUGGCCGCGUUUGUGGCGUCAGGAAACAUCAGCGGAGGCGUCUGUGACGACUGUCAGCACAACACAGCUGGAAACGGCUGUGAGCAGUGUAAACCCUUUUACUACCAACAUCCAGAGAGAGACGUGAGAGACCCCAACAUCUGCCAGCCGUGUGACUGUGACCCUCUGGGUUCGCUCAAUGGAGGAAUAUGUGACCACAUGAUGGACGUUCGACUCGGUCUGAUUGCUGGUCAGUGUCGCUGUAAGAUCCAUGUGGAGGGAGAACGCUGCGAGCGCUGCAAACAGGCGCACUAUGGGCUGAGUGACGAGCCUGAAGGAUGUAAAGCGUGCACCUGCAGCCCUGUGGGAACAGUUCCUGGAGGAAACCCCUGUGACAGUGAAACAGGAAGUUGUUUCUGUAAACGUCUGGUGACUGGACGAGACUGUGACCAAUGUGUGUCGGAACACUGGGGUCUCAGUAAUGACAUGGACGGCUGCAGACCAUGUGACUGUGACCUCGGAGGAGCCGUCAACAACCAGUGUGAUCAUGUGACCGGUCAGUGCAUCUGUAAAGAUCACAUGCUCGGUCGUCGCUGCGAUCAGGUCGAGUCUGGAUUCUACUUCAUUGCUCUGGAUCACUACACCUAUGAGGCUGAGGAUGCAACAUUUGGACCUGGAGUGACAGUGGUGCCGCGGCCCCACCCUCAGGACCGCAGUCCCACCUGGACGGGUAUUGGCCUGGUCAACGUCCCGGAGGGGGCCUUCCUGGAGUUCUCGGUGCAGAACAUCCCUCACUCCAUGGAGUAUGACAUCCUCAUCCGCUAUGAGCCUCAGCUGCCUGACCAAUGGGAGGAGGUCCUAAUGACAGUGAUGAGGCCUGGGCCAAUCAGAGCAGACAGCCGUUGUGUUAACACUGUACCUGACGAUGACAACCAGAUGAGCUCACUUCACCCCGGCUCACGGUAUGUGGCUCUUCCCCGACCGGUUUGUUUCGAAUCUGGUCUGAACUACACCGUGCGCCUCAGUCUCCUUCUGUACUCGGCCCUCAGUGAUGUCCAGUCUCCGUACACGCUCAUCGACUCGAUUGUGUUGAUGCCACACUGUAAGAACCUGGAGAUCUUCACCGCCUCAGAGGGCGGAGACUUUAAUGGAAACAGAGGUUGGGAAACAUUCCAGCGUUAUCGUUGUCUAGAGAACAGCCAGAGCGUUGUCAAGACGCCAAUGACGGACAUCUGCAGAAACUUCAUAUUCAGCAUAUCCGCUAUGUUGCACCAGGGACCUAAAGAAUGCCAUUGUGACCCUCAGGGCUCCCUCAGCACCGUGUGUGACCCAAGUGGAGGUCAAUGUCAGUGUCGCCUCAACGUGGUUGGAAGAAACUGUGAUAGAUGUUCUCCGGGCACGUUCCAGUUCGGACCAAACGGCUGCAGAGACUGUGCGUGUGACCCUCAGGGUUCUCAGACUCCAUUUUGUGACCAGCUCAGUGGACAGUGUGUUUGUGUUGCCGGAGCGUACGGUCGACAGUGUGAUCGAUGUCUUCCUGCUCACUGGGGUUUUCCUUCCUGUCAACUCUGCUCCUGUAACGGACACAGUGACGACUGUGAACCCAAGACUGGUCUCUGCAUCAACUGCAGGGACCACAGCGCUGGACACAGCUGUGACAGGUGUCUGGAUGGUUACUAUGGUGACGCGGUGUUGGGGUCAGGGGACCACUGUCGUCCCUGCAUGUGUCCUGACGGUCCCGGCAGCCAGCGGCAGUUUGCAGGAAGUUGUUACCGAAGCCAAGACUCCCAGCAGGCUCUCUGUGUCUGUAACCACGGUUACAGAGGUGCUCGCUGUGACGAGUGCUCACCUGGUUACUAUGGAAACCCAGGCGAGCCCGGGGGCCAGUGUCAGUCCUGUCAGUGCAACGACAACAUCGACAUGUCGGAUCCAGAGUCCUGCGACGCUCAAACCGGCGAGUGUCUGCGCUGCCUGUACCACAGCGAGGGCACCGCCUGCCAGAACUGCAAACUGGGUUACUAUGGCAACGCACUGCUGCAGGACUGCAGAAAGUGUGUUUGUAACCAGCUGGGCAGUGAUCCUUCCAGCUGCCCUUCAUCUGGCGACUGUCACUGCGACCGCAGCAGCGGUCAGUGUCACUGCCUCCUGAACGUGAUCGGUCAACACUGCGACCGCUGCGCCACCGACACCUGGAACAUAGCGAGCGGCCGCGGCUGUCAGACCUGCGACUGCGACCCUAAACACUCAUUCGGGACGUCCUGCAAUGAGAUCAGCGGUCAGUGUUCCUGUCACCCUGGCUUUGGAGGAAGAACAUGCAGCGAGUGUCGGGAGCUGUUCUGGGGAGACCCAGAGAUUAAAUGUCAUGCUUGUGACUGUGACGCUCGUGGUGUCUCUGAACAUCAGUGUCACAAGGUCAGUGGUCAGUGCGUGUGCGUUGGGGGCGUGUCCGGGCCGCGCUGUGACGUCUGUGCACGAGGAUUUUCCGGAACGUUUCCCCACUGCCGCCGCUGCCACGAGUGUUUUGAAGAGUGGGACAACGUCAUUGGUCAGCUGACCAAUCAGACGCACCGUCUUGUCAACAAGGUCAAUGCCCUCAAAGCCAGUGGAAUCAGUGGACCGUACAAGAAAUCCAUGGACAGCGUGGAGAGGAGCGCCACCGACAUCCGGGUCCUCCUGAACCAGAACCCGGCUUCGCAACCACUGACUGAGAUCCAGCACCUGCUCCAACAGGCCAGUGACCUGAUGAGGGCCCUGAGCCAGACGUUGAACCACACAGAACAGACUCUCGUACAAACGGAGGAACUGGACUCGAGCGCAGAAACCAAACUGGAUUCUGUGACGUCGGACGCUCAGAAACUGGAGGGGACGGUUCAGGAGCUGAUGGAUCAAGUCGAGUUCAUCAAGAACUCUGACAUCAGAGGGGCGACAGACAGCAUCACUAAGUACUUCCUGCAGUCUCAGGCAGCUGAAGCUCGAGCCAACUCCUCCACUAUCGAUGCCGGAAGCCCGGUGGAAACCUCCGGUGCUCUACGACAACUGACAGAGGACAAACUGAACCAAACCACAGAGGAUUUCCUGAGGAGACACACUGAGCAUGCUCAGAAACUAGAUGACCUGGCAGGAGAGCUGCAGACUCUGGACCUAUCAGAGAUCAGCCAUAAGACCUGUGGCAGUCCAUCAGCCGGUCAGGAUAUGUGCGGGUCCUCUUCCUGUGGAGGUCUGGGUUGUGUGGACUCUGAGGGUCGGACCAGGUGUGGAGCUGAAGGAUGUGACGGUGUGGUGAUGACUGCCCACAGCGUAUGGAGGAAGGCUCAAGAGUCUGAACAGGAAAUCAACAGUGCCAUGGGCGGGGUGGAAAAACUGUCUAAGAUGGUGUCGGACGUCAAGUUGAAGGCAGAUGAAGCGAAGCUUAUUGCUCGGGACGUCCUGAUGAAGACCAACAGAACCAAACAGAAAGUUGACCAGAGUAACGAGGAGUUGAGAAGCCUCAUCAGACAGAUCAGAGACUUUUUAACACAGGAGGCUGCAGACCUAGAGAGCAUCGAACUGGUGGCUAAUGAGGUUCUGGCCAUGCAGAUGCCCACGACACCGGCACAGAUGCAGAACCUGACGGAAGAGAUCCGGCAGAAGGUGGGAGAGCUGGGACACGUGGAGACCAUCUUGCAGCAGAGUUCUGAUAACAUCCAGAGAGCGGAGAACCUUCUGGACCAGGCCCGUCGAGCCAGUGCGGAGGCAGCGGAUGUGAAGGACUCAGCAGAGAAAGUGAAGCGAGCGCUGGAAGAAGCUGAGAGAGCACAGACGGCAGCGAGCAGCGCCAUCCAGCAGGCUGCCGCCGACAUCCACAACACCAACACCCUGCUGUCCUCAGUGCAGUCAGAGACGGCAGAAGCAGAGCUGAAGCUGAACAACGCCACCAAGAGGCUGCAAAGGCUCGAGCAGGAUGUAACAUUGCUCAUGGACAAAGCUGUGAAUGUCACUUUGAGCACUGAACGGACCAAUCACGAUGCAGCAAGCAUCAGAAAGGUUGCUGAUGAGGUGAAGAAGGACCUGGAGUCAGACCUGAAAGAUAAGUAUGCCAAAGUGGGGCAGCUGAUUGGUCAGAAGGCAGGGGGCGUGGCUGAUGCUAAGAAGAGGGCGGAGUCACUGCAACAGGAAGCCAAAGAGCUGCUGUUGCAGGCGAGUGACAAGCUGCAACUGCUAAAAGAUCUGGAGAAGUCGUACAACGACAACCACCAGACUCUGGAGGUGAAGGCAGAGCUGCUGGUGGAACUGGAGGCUGCUGUUAAGGAGCUGCUGCAAGAGAUCAGCCACAAGGUCACGGUGUACAGUACCUGUCUGUUCUAGGGUCAAAGGUCAAAUCCCGACGGACAAACAGGGCUGAAUUCAUCUGGUCAGAGAUGUGGAAUAAAGAAGAAAGACUUUUCUUGAAUGUUUGAUCUAUAGGGUACUUUUUUUAUGAAACAUUUUUAACCUUGGAAUGUUUUUAAAAUGCAAGUUUUCAUUUAAAAAUAUCACAAUCGGCUAUUUUACAUUCAUAUUAAAAUCUUAUUGCAUUAAAAAAAAGUUUUAUCAAUGAGAACAAACUUCAUGUUUCUUAAACCUUUAGUCAAAUUCAGCUGCUGGAAAUGUCUUUGACAAUGUAAUAAAAUUAAAGUUAAAAAACAGGAAAAUCAAUCUUUGUACUAUCUGACUGUUAAAGUCUAUUUUUACCUAAUCACGUCUGUGGCCAAGUUUGAACCAAAAUGAUUAUUAAUAAAAGAACUUCAUUAUUUCA